AUGCCACCGCAUGGUUCUCCCCGCAAGAGACGAUCUCCGGCCACCGUAAGCGCGGGUCUGCGGACGACGAGUGUACCUCUUGCUGAAAUUGGAUCACCUUGGGCCGUAAAUGAACCAAAUAAUGUUGGUAAUAAUGAAAACUGUAUCACGUUUAAUGCUUAUGGUGAAAUAGCUGACAGAUCCUGUGACGAGCCUCGACCUUACAUCUGCUUCCGAUCGGGCAAGGUUGAGACCGAAGCCAAUGAAUGUGGGACUAUAGAUUCAGAAUACCAAUGGGAUCGAAGAUCGAACUCUUGCUAUAAGCUGCACACAGUGUCCCGAACGUUCGCUGAUGCGCACUUCGCAUGUUCUGCUGAGGGUGGUCAUCUUGCCAUAAUCAAGAGUGAUGUGGAAGCUACGGUUCUUAAAGAACUCUACGCAAAAUACCCUCCUGAAAAGAUAGUAGGCCCUUAUGAUAAAAAUUACAUAAUGGUUGGUUUCCACAGCUGGGCUGACUCCAGUGAUUGGAGGACCAUUCACGGCGAAACGCUAAAAGAGGCAGGGUAUAGCAAAUUUGCUCCUGGAGAACCAAAUAAUGCUUCAACGGGAGAAUUCUGUGGUUCCAUAUCCCGAGGAGGUUUGUUCAACGACUUGAGAUGUGAGAUACCAACUCCAUUUAUCUGUGAAAAAAAACCUGACUAUCCACCUGUUUGUUCUCAAUCAAAGAAUCAAUAUAAUUUUAGAGAAAAAUCAUAA